AUGACUGAGGAAACUCGCCAGGUCGAGAAUGUUUCUGCGUACAAGUACGCGUGGAAGUUUCUUGAUGAGCAAGCGGUUUCCAACUGGAAACAGACUGUUGAGAGCUUGACGUCGCGAAUCGUUCAAAAAGACAUCUCGCCGAGCGAAGUGUUCUACGAGAUUGUUAUUUGUUUGAACGACUUCAGCUCAAGGAUCCCCAUAAACAACCUGACCAAUCUUGUGAACACAAUCAUUUCUACCAUCCCAAAUGUGAAGGAGCGACAAGAGCUGUCGGUGCAAUUCUUGCUGAUCUUUCAGGCUUGCAAUCCCAAACCUCAUCUCAAUGCAUUCAUUCAGGCUGUGAAGAUUGACAACCAGUUCAAAAGACAGUAUCUCGACUUUUCAAUUCUCAAGAAUGGACUGUUUCCCGACUUUAACAAAUGCUAUUUUAGCGAUGCCAGAGUGAACGACUACGGUGUGGUCACGUACUCCUCGCUUCACGAGUCAAGCGAAGGCUACUCAAAACUGGCAGUGGAGCUCAUCGACAUAUUUUAUCAGGAGGAUGCUCUAUGCAAGGUCACAUACUUCAACCACGUAAUUGAGCGGCUGAUUGGUCAUUUUAGAUUAGACAUCACGAGGUCGUUUCUGUUGAUGCUUAGUGUAUUUGCAUUUUACCUUGAAGAAAACGAAGAACUGAUUUUACGAGUCAUCAAAAACAGCAUAUUCACCUCCCAGCACUCAAAGAUGUUACAGUUGGUGGUAGUGUCAUUUCUCUUGAAUGCAGAUACAAAAGAGAAGGUUCCGUUGGAACUUAAACUAAUAACUCUUUUGAUAAAGGAAGGAAUUCUUGAGUUCCAUUCAGUCUACAACUCGUUACAACCUUUGGAGUUUGAAUCUGAUGCCAACUUUGCUGUUAAACCAAUAGAAAACACAGAACUCGACACCUUGUACACUCAGUACAACGACGAACUGAAGGAGAAUGCUUUCAAAGCUACUGCUUCUGCUCUUGCCCUCGCAGCUCCUCUGGCUUUGGAUGACGAUGAUGAUGACGACACAGGUGAAUCCUCGACAACUAACAGAGCCGAGCAGGCUCCUAUUGCUCCUGAGAAAAAGGUCUCAGUCCAGGAGAAGUCGCAGUACAUUGCCAAAAUCAAAUUCCUGAAAUACAUCUUGCAAUCCAAAAUGUACGAUCAGGCUCUGUUCAUCUUGGUCCAACAUCCGUUUUUGCCCCUGAUAGAUGAAGAGGUUUGCAAUUUAGUCAAUGACCUGGCGAACGAUAUUGUAACUCCAUACUACAACACAAUUGGUAUAACAGGCAUAGGAAAGCCGGUGCCAGACACUUCCUUGAGGCUGGUUGAGUCUUUUGAAGACUUCGUGAAAUUUUGCCAUCAGUUUCUCUGCUUCAAUGGCGUGAAGGUGGCAAAGGACUCGAUUCUAUUUAGCAAGCUAGUUCGAAUUUUGCGGUUUCAGCUACAAAAAGGAGCCGAUCGUGACCAGGUAUUACAGCUUUACCGCAAGUUCAUUUUCCCAGCCCUUUCAUUCGCCAACAAUGCCUCUGUUGUAAAUGAAGCCUUUUCAAUACUGCUCGACUUCUACCCGCUGGAAACACGUUACUCUUUGUAUGGCGAGUACCAGAAUGUGAUUUCGAAGAACGAUCUGGAGAUCAAGCAGAAUUUCGACAUUGCAGAGAAGAAGACAAAGGAUAUCCUCAAGAGGCUAUCCACGGCAAACGGAGAAGCUCUAAUGCGCCAACUGACGCGGAUUGCUUCUGGAAGUCCCUUGGCAGUCACUUCGACUUUUGUCAACCAUAUUGAAAGUUACAGCAGCUUGAGUGAUUUAAUUGUGGAAGCAUCAAAAUACUUUGGUGCUUUUGUCUGGGAUUCUCUCACCUUUCAGCUGUGCAACAAGCUCAACUCCAAUAGACAAGCGAUGCAGGAAGAUGGACUAAAUUAUAUGCAAUGGAUUCAAAACUUGUCGUCAUUUGUCGGUAAAUUGGCCAAAUAUAGACCUGAGCAGUUCCAACUGGGGCCGAUCCUCACUCUUGUCACGAAAAGUCUCAACAAUGGAUCAACCGACCUGAUCAUUCUGGUCAAUGAGAUUGUCGGAUCUAUGAGUGGUGUACAGCAUAUCAACAACUUGACCUCUAGGCAAAUAUACUUGCUCAACUCAGAGACGAGUCUGCAAAAACUUGUUUAUAUGGUGAUUCAAGACAAGAGAGCAGAAUCGCUUACAAGUUCGCGCAAACUACUGGAUACUCUGGUAAGUCUGGACAUUUUAGCGGAGUUGUUCAUCCUUCUUGUCAACCUCCCAGACAAAACAGUCGACUCUGUGCAAGCUCCGCUAAAAAUUCUAAACCGUCGUUGUGACGAGCUCAACUCUUUGAUUCACACGUUCACGACGAUGGUCGACGAAUGUCUCCCCACAAACAUUUUUAAGGAGAAAAUGAUAUCAUUAGACACUCUUAUCAGACAGUUUCGGGUGCGUCCUGUCUGGGCUUUCCAGAUCUGGAGACGGCAUUUGAGCAGACAGCUGAAAGCGAAUCCGGACUACAUUGAGGAGCUCGAGGCAAUAUUAUGUGCUGUGCUGCCAGUUGAUUGGAAUGCUGUGAGUGCCAGCUUUUACGCGGACUUCUGGCAGUUAUCGCUCUACGAUAUCUGCUAUGAAAAGAUUUCUUAUGGAGAGGAGUCGGCAAGCAUCAAGUCGAAAAUAAGCACGCUGAACAAAAAGCUGACUCUGUCUCGCAAGGACAAAGACAUUCCAAGGAAAGAGCUGCAGAGACUCGAGCACGAACUCAGUCAACUGCAUCUCAUCUCCACGCGCGUGAGUCGUGAUGCAACAAAACACGAGAACAACUACCAGGCCACAAUUUCACGUAUCAAAAAUAAGAAAGACCAAUGGUUCAAAGACGUUUCAGACGAGGAAACUGUUUCUAAGAGUACCAAACAGAUCUUAGAGCACUGCUUCUUGCCAAGGAUGGUUCACUCUCCGUUCGAUGCAGUUUACUGCGCAGACUUUUUGUUCCUUGCUCAUUCGCUGAACACUUACGGGUUUUCGUUGGUUUAUGUUCUGAACGAACUUUUCACAUGCAGUUUCCUCCAGCCUACGCUGUUCACUAGCACCACCUUAGAGAUAGAGAACCUGGGAAUUUUCUAUUUGCAUGUCUUGAAAGAACUUAAUGCAUGGAGGCAGGAUGCCAAACUGUAUGAUAGCAAGGCAUUGGGGAAGGAAGGAGAUUCCGAUCCUUUGCUUGCGGGACUGAAAGUGCCUGAUGGAGAACACUUGCAGUUUGAAGAGUUUAGGAAGACGCUAUUCAAUUGGCACAAAUCGCUACAGAAACAGAUUAUUGCUUCAUUGGAUUCCGAGCAGUAUACUACGCGGAACAAUGCGAUCAUAUUUCUGAAGAACCUCCUUGGAGAAUUCCCUGUCGUUGCCGAUCAUUCUGAGAUCCUGACUCGCAAACUUGCCUCCAUAUAUUCGUCAGACUCUAGAGAGGAUAUCAAGUUGGCCUCUAAUGCGCUUUUUGUUCUGAUUUCGUCCAAAAAGGCCUCCUGUAUUCAGACCUGGGAGUUUUACGAAAUGGACCCCGAGGAAAAAGAGAAGCUGAUGAAAAAGAGAGAGGAACGGCUGGCCGCCGAGCGCGCCCGCAAGGCCGAGUUGGAAAUGCAGGAGAGAGAGAAAAGAGAGGCCGAACGCAAGGAGCGAGAAAAAGCAACGCUCACGGCAAGACCGUAUGGUCUAGUGGGUCUGGAGAAAAAAGUGAGGCAUGAAAAACCAGAACCAGUACAAGCUGUGGCCGAGAGUACCGAAGAGGCGCUUACGAAUGGUGGCACCGAGGACACAAUGGAAGGUGUAGAAACAGAAAACGAGCAGCGUGAGGAAAAGGAGCCUGCCAAGGAACAGUCAAAGGAAGAAAAGCCAACGGAAGAAAAGCCGGAGGAAGAACAGCAAAAGGAAUCCUCAGAGCCACCGAAAGAUACCGGAACGGAGAGCAAAGCGUCCUCGAGAUCGGCGACUCCCGCUGUCCCGCUGGGGCCUCAGAGCACCACUUACAAAGCCGGCACGCCUACUGGCCCGUCAGGCACGAGUUCGUCGGCGCUUCGGGCUCGGCUGGAAGAAGAAAAGCGGCUUCUUAUGCAGCGGCAGGCAUCCAUUGCUGCCAGCUCGUCACCCGACUCGUCUUCUGCGUCUCCGUUGCCUCCCCCACCUCUCCCUCCUCCGUCGAACCCUCCCGGACGCAGCUACAAGGGCAGUCGCGACUAUCGACCUAGAGAAUUUUCGACGCACAGACAACCGAACAAUGGCAGCAGACAACCCGCGCCAGAACAUGAGUACGAUCGAGCUUCAGGUCGUAAAAGACGAUACGAUUCCCAAGCUCAUGAAAGCAAUAAGCGUCCGCACUACUAA